AGUAAGCUUUUCUUUCUCAUAUCCAGAUAAAACUCUGCUUCAAGCAAAACUGAUCGAGUUUAUACAUUUUAUUUACUUAUCUGCUAUGCUUUCUCAGGUAUUGUUUCCAAACGAUGCAGUUGUAAUGAUCCUCGCACGCAUGAUUGGAUUGUUCGGGCCCAUCGACCUGGAGAUGCUCAUUAAAGGACAGGAGACACACAAAUACUUCACUAAAGAAUAUGAUCUGUUUUAUAUGAAUGAGGAAACUGAUCAAAUGGAAUUCAUCAUCCCUGAAGAGUCCUCCUUGGAGGAUCAUCUGCAAGUUUUUGACUCGGGGUUCAUUGAUUUUCUUACAAACUUACUCGAGAUCAAUCCAGAAAGACGACCAACUGCAAAGGAAGCUCUCGCACAUCCAUGGCUUUCGCAGUCGUACGAAUAACCAUUCUCAUAAAAAAAAUUUGAAAACAUAUUCAUUACCCAUCAAAUAAAUUAAAGAAAGCUAGUAAUAAGAAGAGGGAAAAAAGAAA